GCUGUACUACAAGAUUUGGUUGGCAUUACAGAUGAACCCCAACAGUUACGACGAUGGGGAUGAACAGGUUAUGAGCCCAAACGUUACCGGAGAUCCAGGUAUGAGAAGGACGGUGACUCCGACUCCUAUCGUAAACGGUGUGGACCCGCCGCCAGGUGGACACCUUGAUAUGGAUGGUGAGGUCACUGGACCUAGAGUUGAGUCGACGUCGCCUUCUAUUUCAGCCCGCCCAGCCCACUCGACGGCUGGAGUUGUGGGCCGGGAAUCUCGAGCGGCAACAGCGGCUGCUCCGAAGGCUCCCAGGCUCAGGAUCGUACUGGAGUACACUCCCAACCACUGGGAUCAACCACUGGUGGCCUUGGUCAUCAUGCGCUGGAACAGAGGCAACCUAGAGCAAGUGACAGUGCCAGGCACUCCUUUGUUCGACAUGCACACGAUGGAGAGGUUGCAGCAACUCCACGCAGCUGCUCCUCAGAGCCUCAUGAGGUUUCCUCCACUCACCCUCCUCGCCGAUGGACUUCGUGGGUCACUCCUCAGGGUGAAGAGCAAAGCCCAGUGCCUCCACCGCCUAGGUGAAGAGCAGCCUGUGCGCGGAGUUUAUGGUGAUGGUGCCAUUAAGCCUGGAGUUAACACAUUGCCAGACUUGCCACUCCCAGGUAUCUUGGUUGAGGCAGGGGAAUGGUACAGCAACUAUCUGAGAAUAGAAACGAUGAUCUUGGCCGCCCUUCCACAGGCUGUGAAGCAGGAGGUGAAGGUCAAGGGUGUUGAGUUUGCCGAGGCUCAGAUCUCCCGACGUAGCAUCGGCGCCCAAGACACCGUGUACUUUCUACACAUCCCCGCAGGUGUAAAGGAGGGUGAAGCAAAGGGAAAGGGAAAGGGAGGUGACUCUAGAGAGGAGUGGUACCGUACGAAGGGAGGCACACUGGUUGUUCCACCUACUGUUCAUCAUCCUCAUUUGGGACUUUUGAAGACUGGUGUCGGGCGAAAUACGUGCCCCUUCAUACAGGAGGACCAGGCACUUUCCCUCAUAUCCCAGCUUGAGGACAGGCGUCUUAGUGAGUUCAAAGAGCAGGUGCAAGAACUUGAGGUGCACAUGGAGUCCGUCAGUGCACCCGUUGACCCAACAGAGGCACUAAGGAGAUACGCUAUUACUGGAGGGCGCUCAGAAGCCUUACGCGCUAUAUUUGCACAGCCGUAUUUCGACGGGGUUGAUGAAUCCUUGAAGGCUAGGCUUGCGGAGGAUUUGGUUGGUUUGGAUGAGGACUCUGGUAAGCGUAUGUUGAAGCAGUUGCCAGUCAACAGGGCCCAUCGCCGGAGCUUGCUUGCCUCCGAAAGGACUUGGUGCCAGGACCGGGACAUGCAACUCGUUGAGGUUGAUGUAAUUUCAAAAGGGGGUAAGGGAUGGGACUUGAUGAAGUCUGAUGGCGUCUGGAGGGUAGAGCGAGUUCGCUCGCGUUCUAGGCGAACGCAGGUAUGCACGAACCUGGAUCUGUCCUGUAUGUGUGCGCUCGAGGGCAGAUACACAGGCCCAAGCUGUGAGGAGCUUGACCAGGUUAUUGCACGGGCACUUAAGAGGCUUCCUAUCUUCCCAUUUCAGAUGAAAUUCCACAACCAGACCCAGAGGUAUGGCCUGGUAGGUGCGUUUCGUGUGCCCAAGAGUGCGAUUCAGCAUUCCAAGGCUGCGUCAAAGGAGGCUGGAAUCGAAGACCUCUUUGGAGUUGAGCAAGAGCGUAACAAUGAUCCGGUUGAGGAUCUUGCAGAGUACCAGCCUUCAGAGCUAGGCCGCGUCUCUACCAAUUCAUUGGUGGCCUUUAGCAGCAAGGUGGGCAGCACAGGAUGCAGAUCGACAGAUCCUUGGAAGAUGGGUGAGGUUGUGAAUCCAAUUGAGUAUGAUGAACUUAG